GGACCCACGCCAAUUCAAUUCAUCGAGACUACGAAUCAGUCUCUCCUCUUGAGGAGAGAAAGGAAACCAAAGAAUAGAAGGUAAAAGAAAGGAAGUCGUGUCGCUUGCCAGAACGCUGUCGUUUUUUGAGAUGGAAACGUUAAACAAUCCCGUGGAAGAUUGUGGAGAGGGAGCAAAAGGAGAGAACAGCGAAGAGGAAGAUGGACCUCCUGCAGAUGAUUGUUGCCCUAUUUGCUUCGGUGAUUUCACCAUUCCUUGUAAGGCAAAUUGCGGUCACUGGUACUGCGGCAGCUGCAUUUUGCAGUUCUGGAAUUAUUCUUCAGCGUCAAAACCUUGCAAGUGUCCCAUGUGCUCCCGCUUCAUCAGGAGGUUGACACCAGAGGCAUCACUAUGCCACCGGCAGGAACAGGAGGUCACUGAGGUUCUGAAAAAUAUUCUGAGGUACAACCGCCUUUUUGUUGGAGGGGCACGAGGCCUUUUACAGAAAGUACUUGAGCUGCCACUUCUCAUGAAAAGAAUUUUUUUAGAGAUGAUGGAUCCUGAUAGAGAAGAUUAUCUGCAUGAAAUGCGCCUUUUUGCAAUGUUCCUGAGUAUCCUCUAUGCUGCCACUCCUUUCAACUUCAUUCCAACAGGGAGUCUGGGAAUUGUAAGAGUGUUCGAUUAUUCUGCUAUUGCUCUAGUGGUUAUCCUUCGUUUGAUUGGCAUUUAUCGGAGACGUCGACUGAACCAGCGCGUUAGGCGCUUGGCUGCUGUUCAACCUGAACCUGUAAAUGAAUGAAAGAUGGCUUUCUGUUGCCUGUCGGCACCAUGGUUGUCCUAGUGUUCUAAAUUUUACUCAAAUUUACCACUUUCCUGAAUUGGAAUUCAGUACCAUACCAUACAACUUAAGAUGAUGCUCAUGUAUAUAAAAGUUCAAUUUAUUUCGCUGCUUUUUGUAAAUAACUCAAAGCCAACUUUAAUGCAAGGUUUAUUUUUUUC